ACACUGUACUGACUGUUGAAAUUUACUAAUAAAUUCUAGUUUAGUAAGACUACAGUAAGACCAUGGAUACGACAGCAGAAGAUCUAGAUCUAGAUCUAGUGCAGCCAGUAGAAAGCAAAGGCAUCUUCCAUAAUCCAUGGGAAACAUGGCAAGAACCCCAACUGAGCAAGUUGUUAAAAUUUAUGUUUAUGUCAAGUGAAGCAAACAUACCAAGCAAAGAGGAAUUAGAUAAAACACUGCCCGUGAUUAAGCCAGACUUCUCGAAGUUUGCAUCAUCACCUACAUCGGGAGUUCGCCACAUGUGGGUCGGUCAUGCAACCUCGCUUGUUCAACUUGAUGGCAUCACCUUGCUGACAGAUCCCAUCUUCAGUGACAGGUGCUCUCCCUUCCAAUGGCUUGGAGAGAAAAGAUACAGGCCAACCCCAUGUACAGUGGACCAGCUACCAAACAUUGACUGUGUUCUCAUAAGCCAUAACCACUACGAUCAUUUGGACUAUGGGACGGUGCUGGCAUUAAACAGAAGAUUUGGUGACAAGCUAAGAUGGUAUGUACCAAAAGGCCUUAAAACCUGGAUGAGUAACACCGGCUGUACUAAUGUUGUGGAGCUGUCCUGGUGGCAAGAACACAUCCACAGUGACCAAUCAGAAAUCAGAAUAGUCAGCACUCCUUGCCAGCACUGGUGUAAGCGUUCUCUAAAUGACACAAAUAAGGUCCUGUGGACCAGUUGGUGUGUUAUAGGACCAAAGCAUAAAUUUUAUUUUGCUGGAGACACAGGCUACUGCGCAGGUUUUAAACAAAUCGGCAAACGUUACGGCCCUUUCACAUUGUCAACUAUCCCCAUUGGAGCAUACAAUCCAAGGUGGUUUCUAGCUCCUCAACAUGUUGACCCAGAAGAAGCAGUUAAAAUUCACAUGGAUAUCAAAUCUCAGACUUCUGUUGGUAUACACUGGGGGACUUUUAGGCUAUCAAAAGAAUUUUAUCUGGAACCUAAACAAAAGCUUGCUGAGGAAGUAAAAAAACUAGAGUUGUCUCCCUCUUCAUUUAUAACAGUUCAACAUGGAGAUGUGAUUGUGAUAGGAGGAAAUAAUGAGCAAUGAAAUUAAUAUAUAUA